AUGGCCACCUCCAACCCCGAUCGGGCGCGCACACGCGCAAAGAAGGCAUGCUUGGCCUGUAACGCGCGCCGCGUGCGAUGCAACGUGCUGGAGAUGCAGCCAUGCCGAAAUUGUGUCGCAUGGAACCUCUCAUGUGAACUGGGAGUAUCGCGCCGAGGAAAGUAUCCGCGUCGGAAGAAAAAGGCAGUCUCCCAGACUGAGUCUCUCGAGGUGCAUGGCAUACCGACUUCUGCACCGGACAGCCGACUUCUGCAGCAGGAUCCCCUGCCAGACCGGGGCUCUCACUAUGCCCCGUCAUCCCAUCCUACAAGGGGCGGUGAUGCUAUUCACAAGACCGUAUUUCUGGGCGAGUCGAGUCCCCUGACCUGCAUGGUUGACGAGGGCCGCCGAUCCCCAGACAAAGGAUACGCUUGUGGGAUCCAGAAAGGGCGCCUGCACUACUCUAUCUCCGAACUGCAUGCAUCUGCAGAGACCAGCGAAGAGACCUUCGGUCAACGCCGUAAAUCCCUUCAAGAGCGUCUUGUUCGCGAAAGCGCCUUGAUCUUCCCGUCGCCAGCCAUCUGUGAGGUCCUCCUCCAGGCCUACUUUGAAUGGUUCCAUCCGCUGUUUCCUAUUCUGGACCGCUCCCGAGUUCAGAGUGAUUAUCAGGAGGAAACAAUCUCUCCGCUGCUUUUGCAGGCCAUGCUUUUUAUUGGAGUGAGUCUAUGCUCAGACUCUGCUCUCAAACCCACGGGAUUCAGCAACAGGUAUAAAGCCAAGGGCUUAUUCUACCAGCGUGCAAAGGAGAUAUAUGAUGUUGGAUGGGAAACCGACACAAUGAUCAAAUUGCAGUCAAUAUUUUUGUUGAGUUUCUGGCGUGGAGGGCCUACGGAGGAACGAGAUGUGCGAUACUGGCUUGGCGCUGCCACUGAUCUGGCCCAGAAAAAGGGCAUGCAUGUGAUGUCCAAAUUAACAUUCUUGGGUCCUCGCGACCAAAAGGUCUGGAAGAGGAUCUGGUGGGCUUUAUACGUUCGUGAUCAACAAACAUCAGCAGCUUUAGGCUUACCAUCUCGAAUCCGCGACGAGGAUUGCGAAGUCGCGGAACUUGAAGAGUUUGAUUUUGAGGAGGACGAUUGCACUGAUCCCUCUGAUAUCUUCCGAAAACCACCUACAGCACACGUUAAUUACGUGAUUCAGAUGGUCAAGCUUGCCAAAUUGUUACGCGAGGUUGUUUCCAGCCAGUACUUACCUGGAAAAUCGAAGCUGGAAAAUCCAUUACGUCCCGUCCUUCACCAGCGUCUCCUAGACUGGGAGUCGAGCCUGCCAUCAGAGAUGCAGUUUCAACCAGCCAUGACCCGCGAAGUGAUGUUUCUAGUGGGAAUGCUUCAUAUGACUUAUGCUAAUUUAUAUGUAUUGCUUUAUCGACCGAUCUUCUUGCAGCCACCAAGUCAAUCUACCAGCAAAGAAGGAAACAUAGCGCUGGAGGCCGCGACUAAGAGUACCCGGAUCUUAGAGGAUAUGCUCUCACACAAUCUGGUACAACAUGGAUCCGUCCACUUAAUUACUCAUACCUUUUCUGCUUUGUGCAUUCAUACUAUUCAUUUUGGACGAGUUGCCAGCACCGCCAAGAAGCUUGCAGAGCAUCGGGCCAAACUUUGUCUGCUUGGCCUGAAGGAGCUGCAAAAGUCAUGGGAUCUGGAGAAUUGGGUACUCGAUCUCUUCUUCCAUUGCUUGGAUGACCGCACGGCUGAAAAUCUCCGACUGGCCGACAAUGGACUGUCCGAAUCUGCGCUUUCCACCCAGCUGACAAAGGGAACACAUAUGCCCGACUCCUCGUCCCUACAUACCCCAUGCAGUCCUACAAGCCGGCCUCUUUCUCCAACGUCCGCCGACAGCAUUCUACCAAUUGUGCAAAACACGGGCCCAUUGAACCAACUUGAAGAUGCAUCAGUCAAUAUGGAUUGGUAUGAAUUGUUUAAUAUUGAAGGUGAUGAUCUUUCUGGGCUGGCCGGCUCGUUGACGAACCCUGACUACCUGAAUCCGCAAAAUCUGGAAUUCUUGUAUCGAUUUCUAUAG